AUGUUUUCCAAUGACAUUACUGAUCCGAUAUUCGACCUCGAACUCGAAGAAUUUCACAACAAUGUCUUGCUUUCAGGCCUCUACAACACUUGGCAGGCAGGGCCCGAUCUUGACAACACCGAUUUUAGCACUGCCGCAUCACAGAUACCCACCUCCUUCACGCCUGACAUGUCCUUCAUCGGGGCGCAAACAAAUAUGAGUGACUUUGACUUCGGCCAUCAGAUCUCGCUCCAGCAGGACUAUGCUAUGCCAAUACCCCACAUAACAAAGAAGCGCCCAGUAUCAGCCAGCGAUUGGGAUGACAGGCGUGACACAAUCGAAUAUCUCUACUCGAUAGAGGGCAAGAAGUUGUCUGAGUUGGUGAGUAUCAUGGAGGGCGAGUAUGGCUUCGUCGCUACACAAAGACAGUAUAAGCGUCAAUUAGGAAAGUGGCAAAUAGAAAAGAAGGUGAAAAGAGACGAGAUGAGAAAGAUCCUGCAGAUUCAGAAGUGCCGACGGGAUCUGGAUGGCAAAGAAACAGCUUUUGUUGUCAGAAAUCAACCGGUAACAGAAGAGAAGAUCAAACGUUUCGUGCAGCGAACACGUAUUGCAGCAAGUCUACGCAGCCCUGCAUGUGCGACCGAAGCGAGCAAUGAGAACAUUACACCAGUGUCUAAGCAGCCGACACCGACAAUCACACGAGAUAGCCCCUCAGAAGAUGUUGACCAUGCGUCUCGUCAGUCUACUGGCACACCGAAUAGUCAUCCCGCCACUCUUGGGUUGGAUAUCAGCUUCGAGACCAGCUACUUCGGUUUCGAUCUCGCAGGCGAGAGCUUCGAUGAUUUCUUCCCUUUCCCAACUAUCGAUAAUCCUCUUGGGGGCUUGGCAGAUUCGACAAGCGUUGGCUCAGCUGCCGUUUGGCAGUCUGGGGCAGAUAGUUCCAGCGCUCUUGGUGCUGAGUCUUCUGUUAAGGGCCGUGGCGACGUGUCAGACGUCAUCAACGACGACAACCGCCACUUGAUCCAACAUUAUCUGGAGGUUAUCAAGGGCUACUCCAAGGUAGACGACCGCACGAAAGAGUCCAGCAAUCUAUUCGUCUCGGCAUUCACGCAGUCGCUGACAUUUCCACCUCUUCUCUACGCUAUACUCGCCUUUUCGGCCUCCCACCUCUCAAUCAAUGACCCAACUUAUUGCGACGGAGCCUCCAGGUUCAACCAGCUGGCCGAGGAAACCUUUUGUCAAUACAGAAAGACUAAUGCAAAAGAGAUUGCAAGUCUUCUCUCAGCCCUCUUUAUCCGGAUCAAACAACUUCAUGUGAUGGGUGGCAGCAUCGACGCUCUCUUCGAUCUCAUAACGGAGAUUGUCGAGAUCCCUACUUCGAGCAAACAUUUCCGUCACAGAAUUGGCGAGAUUGAUGCUAGAAUCCACGAUCAACUCGAGGCAGAGUUCGCCAGUAGCGCGCCUGUAAGAACUGCGGAGAUCAAGUUACUGUAUGAGAGCAUUCGGAGGGAGCUUGAGCGCUGCGAUCGUGAUAGGCCUCAGUCGACGGGAGCCCAGGCUUCUGACAUCAUGACGAAUGAGGUUCUCGGCACAGCCGAGUAUAACUAUCACAUAAUUUCAUCAGCUCUGCACUCGGCCAUUUUGUACCUCUCACAAAUCUACCCGAUGCCAAUCUUUGACGUAAACCAAUCAAUAUCCAAAAUCCUCCAGCAUCAACUCAGGAUCCAACACGACCCAUCGCGAGCCAACUCACCGCCGUCCAUCCUGCCUUCAUCGAUGUUCUUGGCCGGCUUGUCUACCACGGACCCUAUACACCGUGACUGGGUUAUCAAAACGUUGCGGGAGGCAGAACCUUGGGGUAUAUAUAUCAAGAAGAUUAGAUUGCUUCUGGAGGCAAUUCACACUUUGCAAGCUGGCGGAAAAAGGGUUGAUGUUCGUGACGCCAUGGAUCAGGUCAGUGGUAGGUUCCUGAUGUAA